AUGUCUGUACCUUCUUUUGCAUCCCCUUCUUUUUCACCACUAUUCACAUCUUUCUUUGUUUUCUUCAUUUUGAGUGGAACUUCAUCUUGCUUAGCCAUACGUGCCAACUCUUCACGCCCCCCUCGCCAACUCUCAGAAAAUUACUAUGCCAAACGAUGCCCCCAAUUAGAACAGCUUGUUGGUUCAGUUACCUCUCAACAAUUCAAAGAAUCACCUGCCUCUGGCCCUGCCACCAUUCGCCUCCUUUUCCAUGAUUGCUUUGUAGGAGGGUGUGAUGCAUCAAUUUUAAUAGCAUCAAAGCCUGGAAGCAAGGAGUUGGCAGAGAAGGAUGCAGUGGAUAAUAGAGACUUGAGAGUGGAAGGUUUCGAGACUGUGAGAAAGGCUAAGGAACUAGUGGAGAGAAAGUGCCCUGGUGUGGUGUCAUGUGCAGACAUUCUUGUAAUUGCAGCCAGAGAUUAUGUUCACCUGGCAGGAGGGCCAUAUUAUCCAGUGAAGAAGGGAAGAUGGGACGGAAAGAUAUCAACGGCAUCAAGGGUGGGAACCAACAUCCCUCAUGCAAACACCACCGUUGAUCAACUCAUCAAACUCUUCAACUCAAAGGGUCUAACAACACAGGAUCUGGUAGCCCUGUCGGGGGCCCACACAAUUGGGUUUGCCCAUUGCAAGAACUUCGUGGGUCGUCUCUACAGUUACCGAGGCAAGGGCCAACCAGACCCAGACAUGGACCCAAAACUCCUUCACGCACUCAGAAUGUACUGUCCAAACUUCGGUGGAAACUCCGACAUCGUUGCUCCGUUUGAUGCCACUACGCCUUUCCUCUUUGACCAUGCCUACUAUGGCAACUUGCAACAAAACCUGGGCUUGUUGGCCUCGGACCAGGCUUUGGCCUUGGACCCACGAACCAAGCCUUUUGUCCAAGACUUCGCCAAGGAUAACCACUACUUUUUCCAAGCUUUUGUGGCUGCCAUGGACAAACUGAGUUUGGUGAAAGUGGUGCGAGGGAAAAAGCAUGGGGAGAAACGACGAGAUUGUAGCAUGCAUAUGUGA